AUGGAAUUUGUAACAGCAUUAGUGUUCAUUUUCAUCGCCUGUGCUUGUGGCAUAGUUUGGGCCAUAUUCAAUUGGAUGGCUGUGCACAAACUGGAAAUCCAUCACAAACAUGAAGGAUUAACAGAAUUACUUUAGGGAGCAGAAUAAGAAAAGAUUGAGACCUUGCUCGAGAUAGGAGAACACAUAUAAGAUGGUGCAUAAGCAUUUUUAAAGGAAGAAUAUUCAGAUUGCUCUGUAUUUUUAGCAGUCAUGGCAGUAUUGUUGAUUUUUAUUUCCCCAUGGUCAUCUUUGGCUUUUGUAUUGGGAGCAGCAACAUCGAUGCUUUGUGGUUAUUUGGGUAUGGCAAUCGCAACAGCAGCAAACUAUAGAACAGCAUUUUCAGCCAUCACAUCUUUAGCGAAUGCAUUUUAAAUGGCCUAUAGAGGAGGAUGUGUGAUGGGAUUCUUAUUGGUUUCGAUAUCAUUGGCAAUUCUCUCACUAAUCAUAAUUAUAUACAAUGCUAUAAUUGUUAAAAGUGACGAUAACAAUUAUGAGGACUUGGUAAGAAUGUUUGAUUAUGUUGCUGCUUAUGGAUUGGGUGGAUCAACAUUUGCCUUGUUUGGUAGAGUAGGUGGUGGAAUAUAUACAAAGGCUGCAGAUGUUGGAGCCGACUUGGUUGGUAAGGUCGAGAAGAAUUUACCAGAAGACAGUCCUAAAAAUCCAGCCACAAUUGCAGAUAAUGUGGGUGACAAUGUUGGUGAUAUUGCAGGAAUGGGAGCUGAUUUGUUUGGAUCAUUUGCUGAAUCUACCUGUGCUGCCUUAGUAGUUUCAUCAACUCAAUUAAGAGUCCCAUCUGAAGGUGGCUAUUCGAUUGAAAUUGGAUAAUUGAUGUAUCCUUUGAUGGUUUCAGCAUUCGGAAUUGGAAUCUGCAUAUUAGUAUCUGCUUAUGCUGUUUACAUUUCAAAAGUAAAUCAUAUUAACAAAAUUGAAUCUACUUUGAAACUUUAAUUGUUACUUUCAACUAUCGCCUUAUCCCCAAUUAUUAUCGGCAUUGCUUAUUGGGCUCUACCUGCUGAUUUUGUAAUGAUAGCUGCAGAUGGUUCAGUUCAAUUAGCAGAUCUAAAGCCAUAUCAUGCCUUCAUUUGUUCCUUACUCGGGUUAUGGUCAGGAUUGUUGAUUGGUUAUUUCACUGAAUAUAUGACUUCACAUUCUUACACUCCCGUAAGAGAAGUGGCCAAGUCUUGUGGUACAGGAGCAGCCACCAAUAUUAUUUAUGGUCUUGCAUUGGGAUAUCUCUCAACAAUAGUCCCAAUCAUAGCCAUAGCAGUGACUGCAUUAUUAUCAAUGAAAAUGCUCUCAUUUUAUGGCGUUGCAUUGGCUGCCUUGGGAAUGUUAUCCAAUCUAACUAUAGGAUUGGCUAUUGAUGCAUAUGGACCCAUUUCUGAUAAUGCUGGUGGUAUUGCUGAAAUGAGUGAAUUGGGAGAAAAUGUCAGAGAAUCUACUGAUGCCUUAGAUGCAGCUGGUAACACAACCGCAGCUAUUGGUAAAGGAUUCGCCAUUGGAUCAGCUGCCUUAGUAUCAUUGUCACUUUAUGGUGGAUAUUUAACAAGAAUAUAGACCUACAAAGUAGGCGAUGAAUUCCCAUUCUCAGAAGGUGCUAAAAUUGAUGAUCCCAUCAUUUUUGCUAUGUUGUUGAUCGGUGCUAUGUUACCAUAUGCAUUUUCAGCCUUUACUAUGAAAUCAGUAGGAAAAGCUGCUCUUUAAAUGGUCGAGGAAGUACGUAGAUAAUUACAUGAACACCCAGGAAUCUAUGCAGGAACUGAAGAACCUGACUUUAGAGCUUGUAUUGCAAUCUCAACCAAGGCAUCAUUAAAGGAGAUGAUUCCCCCAGGAUUACUUGUCAUUGUGACUCCUACUGCAGUUGGAUUACUCUUUGGACCAUAGGCUGUGGCUGGUUUAUUGCCAGGAGCAUUUGUAAGUGGAGUAUAAAUGGCUAUUUCUGCAUCAAAUACUGGAGGUGCUUGGGAUAAUGCUAAGAAAUAUAUAGAAGCUGGUUUCUAUAGAAAUGAUGCUGGUGAAGUUAAGAAGAAAGGCUCAGAUGAACACAAAGCAGCUGUUAUUGGUGAUACUGUGGGAGAUCCUCUCAAAGAUACUUCAGGACCAUCAUUGAAUAUUCUAAUUAAAUUGAUGGCAAUCCUUUCGUUAGUAUUGGCAGGAGCAUUUUGUAAAACUGGAUGGUUGUAUUAAGGAUGAUCACAUAUAAUUUAAUUUAUUCAAAUAAAUAUCAACAAUUAUUAAA